CGCGCGCGCCGCGUCCCUGCGCGUGUCCCUGUACCAUGUCCCUGUACCGCAGCGCCGUGUGGCUGGCCAAGGGGCUGCGCGAAUACACCAAGAGCGGCUAUGAAGCGGCAUCUCAGCACUUCAGUCCGGAUGAUCUGGACGUCCAAGUUUCUGGAAGAGCCUUCUUGGUCACAGGUGCGAACAGCGGCCUGGGGAAAACCACAGCCAUGGAGAUAGCCAAGCGAGGUGGCACAGUGCACCUGGUCUGCCGAGACGCUGCACGCUCGGAAACUGCCAAAAGUGAGAUCCUCAGGGAGAGCGGUAACCAGAACAUCUUUCUACACAUCGUGGAUUUAUCUGAUCCCAAGGAAAUCUGGAAGUUUGUGGAGAAUUUCAAGCAGGAGCAUAAACUCAAUGUUCUGAUCAAUAAUGCAGGUUGCAUGGUCAACAAAAGAGAGCUUACAGAAGACGGACUUGAAAAAAACUUUGCUACCAACACUCUAGGUGUCUACAUCCUCACCGUCGCCCUGAUCCCCGUGUUGGAGAAGGAGCAGGACCCUAGAGUGGUGACGGUGUCCUCCGGGGGAAUGCUGGUCCAGAAGCUGAGCACCCAGGACCUGCAGUGGGAGCGCGCGGCCUUCGAUGGCACCAUGGUCUAUGCGCAGAACAAGAGGCAGCAGGUGGUUAUGACGGAGCAGUGGGCCCGCGUGCACCCCUCCAUCCACUUCUCGUCCAUGCAUCCUGGCUGGGCUGACACCCCAGGCGUGAGGCGAGCCAUGCCAGGGUUCCACGCCAAGUUCAAGGACAGGCUGCGCACGGCGGCACAGGGGGCGGACACUGUGUUAUGGUUGGCACUGGCUGCCGCCGCCUCCAAGCAGCCCAGCGGCCUCUUCUUCCAAGAUCGGAAACCAGUUCCCAAACACUUACCUCUUGCGAGAACCUCCUGCUCGCCGACAGAAGAGGAGAAACUCAUGGAGAUCCUGGAAGAGAUGGCUCAGAGAUUUAAAUAGGCCAGGCCGGGCCCACACGGGUCAGACUCGCGCCUCGAAGAACCCAAGCAGCAGCGCCCGGGCAGAGG